GCCUAAACCUUCGGCAGUGUUAACAGUUCGAGAAAUUCUGUAACCCUCUUCCAGUCCCUUGACCUCCGUUUCGGUUAUGGCAUCCGGCAAUCCAAAUUCCUAUCUCAUGAGGCCUGCUGUAGUCGCAGGCACUCAGUUGCCGACGAACGAGGACGUACUGAAUGCAGUCUUAUUCGAUAGAAGAGUGUAUCGAGGAUAUCCCAGCAGCGUUCGUGAAAGUGUUGAGGAAGUGGUGGACACGCUGCUGUCCAUCUGGGACAAAGCGGGAAUCCCUACGAGGGAUCGGGCCAAUUGUGUGCAGAAAGCCGAAACAUUAUACAACACUUGGCAGGAAAUUCGGGAUAAAUUCUACCUGUUUCAAAUGAAUGAAUUUGAUAAACUUUUUGAUAUUUCGAGCGAGGAUGCGCGCGCGAGGAUCUCGGAAGCUGAACGUCGCCUGUUGACGAUGAGGCGACCUUCUCUCACUUUGAUUGAAGCGAUUAACAAUUGCAGCCUUGAGGAUUGGCCGAACAGAAAACGAGAGGAAAUCAACGGAAUUGAUGUCAAAGUCGAAGAGAAGAAAGGUGGAAUCAAGUUUGAGCUGAUCGAAAGUCCUGCCAACACCCCGCCACCAAAAACCAAAAGUUCCUCUCCAACCAGAACUAUUUCUUCCGAAAACAUCGAUGAGAAACUAAAGGCUGCUGCAGAAAGGAGACUGUCCUUAGAAGCUAAGAAGAUAGAGCAGCUGAGUAACCAACUAUCAAAAAUCGAACACGCCAUGAAGAAGAGGGACGAAAUAUCGAAGGAGUUCAGCGUACGUUCCAAGAAAGUCCUGGAGGAAAAGAUGGAGCAGUACUCAGAAAAGAAAGAAGCACACAUCUCAGAAGUCCUUUGUAAAUUGAAAAAACAAUUUGAAAACGGAGAGAAAACCCGCCAGAGCUUGGAAAGUGCCCUUGAAGAAAUUAAAGAGAACACGAAUCUGAAACUUUUACAAGCCUCAAAAAAGAGAGAGAGCCAAAUUCAAGAGUUAACCAAAAGGCUGAAAGAACAUGACGAGCAUGCCAAAAGUGUAUAUAAUGCCUUAAAAGAGAAACAAGAGGAACUGAAACAGCGAAUCCUAACGAAAGAAGAAGAGGCUGCUUUACGCAAAGAACAGAAGAUCAAAGAAAAGCUUGAAAAACUGAAGGAGAAAGACAAUCGGUCAGAGAAAGUGCGCCAAAACAAGACCUCUGAAUCAUGCACAGAAAACGGAACGGAAUCUCCAGCCUCUGGUUGACUUAUCACCUCUCUUGCUUCGCUCAGGUCAGCCUGACCUGCUCAGGUAGCUUCUAACCCAGCAAAAUGUUUUCCUAUUUUUAUUUUUGUUUAAUGGUUUAAUAACUUUUAUUCAAUGGUUCCUUAGCCUUAAUACUCAGCCUUAAUACUCUUCAUUCAAAUUUUCAUAUGGCUAGUUUUUCAUUUUUCAACAUUUUUCAACCCAUGACCUUUCAAAACUCCUCAAAUGGUGUUGUGUUUUUUAUAAUAUUUUUCAUUUUUUCCAUACGGCUAGUUUUUCAUUUUUCAAAAUUUUUCAACUAAUGACUUUUCAAAACUCCUCGCAUGGUGUUUUGCUUUUUAAUGAUUGUCGUUUUGAACUCAGUGUUUAUUUUUCUUCUCCAGCUCGAACUGUAAUUCAAUUGUAACUCACAUUGUAUUUGCAACUCCAAUUGUAAUUUUUAAUACUCUUAAUUUAAAUCUUUAAAUGAUCAUUUCUUAAUUUUUCAAAAUUUUUGAACCAUCGAAUCCUUUUUAACCUCUUGAAGUUCCUCUCAUGGUCUUAUGCUUUUUAAUGAUCGUCGUCCUAAACUUGGCGUUUUUAUUUUCUUCAGCUCAAACAUUAAUUGUAAAUUUGUUGCCUUCAUAUUGCCUAGUGUUUUAGCUUUUGUACAAGCCGUAAUUAUGAGACUGGCUUAUUUUUUUAUUUUUGUACUUUCCAUAAAAUCAAAUCAUUUCUCUUAAGCUUACAUUUUUUACAUUCCUUGCG